UACCAUUCUCAACAGAAGUAUAGAACAGGCUGGGCAAGCUGAGACCAACGAAGAAGCGCCGCUGAUUCUAUACAAGGUACUCAUAAAUACACACAGUCGAUAAGUGCCGGGGAUAAAUGAACUUUUGAUCGGGCUCCUUUUGUGAAUGUAAAAUAUAUUUCAACCUUAAAUCAGACUUUGCGUUGGGGAUUAAUAUAACGACAUCAUUCAGAAAAGGACAACAUUGUAAGAUGAUUUCACCUAGUAGUAAGAACUUGUGAUAACCCCCUACACAACUCUCAAACACCCAUCACCAUGAGCUCAAGUCGUCAGAGAAAGGAGGUGGCGAGGAGAUUGAAAUCCAAGGUCAAGAACUACUGCUCCAAGGAGAAAUGGAAGGAGCGCUUCCCCAUUUCCAUGUGGCUGCCAAAGUACCGCAUCUACAAAGGAGUCAAUGAUAUCAUCGCUGGACUGACGGUGGGUCUUACGGUGCUGCCUCAAGGGCUGGCCUAUGCCGGUAUCGCCAAGCUUCCAUCGGAGUAUGGACUCUAUGCAGCCAUUAUGGGUGGGUUCAUGUACGCUCUCUUUGGGAUGUCCAAAGAUAUCUCGGUUGGCCCCACAGCCAUCAUGUCCCUCCUUGUGGCUCAGUAUGGAACACCCAUCCCAGGAGACGAAGAGUUGAACGAUCCAACCUAUGCCAUACUGUUGGCAUUCUGCUGUGGAAUCGUCCAACUCGUCUUCGGGAUCCUACAUCUAGGUUUUAUAGCCAACUACAUAUCUGCAGUGGUAAUAGCAGGUUUCACCUCUGCAUCGGCUAUCACCAUAGCGAUGAGUCAAGUAAAAACCAUUCUGGGCAUCAAAUUCCCAGCGGAGACGUUUUUCCAUGACCUCAUCGAAACAUUCAGGCAUAUCACUGAAACAAGGUGGCAAGACCUCACUCUUGGAUUGAGCUGCAUUGUUGCACUGGCAUUAAUGAGGUUCAUGAAGAAUAUAGCGCAGCAAAAAAUAGAAAAGUUGGGAAAGAAGCCCCCAUUGAGAAAAAAGAUUAUCUGGAAGUUUUUAUGGGUGUUUGGAACUGCUCGCAAUGCCGUUAUCGUCGUUGUAGCAGCAGGUAUAACGUACGGGCUUCAUGAGAAUGGCAUGGAGGAGGUCUUUACCAUCACGGGUAAUGUCACAGAUGGUCUCCCGCCCCUGUCUCUGCCAAACUUUGGGGCAGACAACAUCAUCAAGCACUUAAAUAUAGGUCUUAUAAUCAUACCCAUGCUGGGCUUUCUGGAAAAUAUAGCUAUUGUCAAGGGCUUUGCUCGUAAGAAUGGCUACCGUGUAGAUACAAACCAAGAGCUGAUAGCUAUAGGGGCAUGUAAUAUUGGUUCAUCGUUUAUCUCAGGAUACCCCAUUACAGGCAGUUUCUCAAGGUCAGCGAUCAACGAGCAGAGCGGAGUCAUGACCCAGGCAUCUGGCAUUGUAACAGGGACGCUGGUCAUCGUCUCUCUUGCCUUCCUCACUCCAGUAUUCUACUACAUCCCCAAAGCCUCCCUAGCAGCUGUCAUUAUCUAUGCAGUCCUCUUCAUGAUCGACUACCACAUCGUUGUCAAGCUAUGGAGGGUCAGGAAACCUGACCUCAUCACCUUGGCGAUGACCUUCUUCGUAUCACUCUGGUUGGGAGUAGAGUAUGGUACUAUCAUCGGUAUUCUGGUUGACCUCCUUAUGCUGCUAUAUCCCUACGGAAAACCAGGUUUAACGUCUAAAGAGGUGGAUCAGAGCGUUGUGAUUAUACAGAUGGAGAGGGGUCUGAGGUUCCCUGCAGUAAGUGAGCUACAGAACCUCCUGGAUGACAAAGCCCUCAUCCAAGAGAAACCUCCCUCAGCCAUCUUAGAUUUCUCAAAUGUUUCAUCUAUGGAUUACUCGGUUAUUGAGGGUCUGAAAGACAUCUUCAAAUCGUUUUCGAAGAAAAACAGCACUCUAGUAUUAGCAGGUGUGAGGCCCAGCAUGAGAACUCUCAUUGACAAAGCCAAGAUCAAGGAUGUGGUCAUCUACGAUACCGUCGAUGAUGCCCUGGAGGGGGUGGACGAAGCCCUGCAGAAGAUUUUCAUAGAUGAUGAUCCUAAUCAAAAUCAUCAGGUUGUCCAGCUUACCAAUUUGACGGCUGGUCCCAGUAAUAGAUUGAGUAGGGUCAUCGAGGUGGAUGUGGAGGAGGAGGAGGAGGAAGAGAUUGGUAAGAAGGAAGCAGAUACUGCAAACAUGGACCAGCAAGAUGCGACUCGUCGGGAUGAAAGCAACCAAGAGGCGACCAUCCAAGAUAAGACCGGUCAAGAUUCUAGGCAUCAAGAGGGCAGUCACAAAGAUGGAAGCCAUCCAGAUGACAGUGGUCGAGAAGAGAAUGUCCAAGUAUCUGAGCUAUGAUGUACAUGUAAAGCAGCACAUUGGGAUAAGUCACAAAGUGUGUUCAACUCAAUUGCUCCUUAUAUGGCUCUGAGCCGGUAUUGAAUUUGAUACGUAUCUCAGAAAUAUGGGUAUUCUACUCAGUUUUCAACUUAAAGGUACUAUGUCCCUUUUGCAGCCAACCU